GGCACCGUCAUGGCGGCGGAGCGGGAGCGGGAGCUGCGCUUCUACCGGCAGCUGCCCAAAGUGGAACUUCAUGCUCAUUUGAAUGGCUGUAUCAGUUCUGCCACUAUGAAGAAACUUACUGCCCGGAAGCCAGACUUGCAGGUCCAGAGUGGAAUGACUGUGAUUGACAAAGGAAAGAAAAGAACCUUAGAAGAGUGUUUUCAGAUGUUCCAGAUCAUCUAUCAGGUUACCACUAGCACUGAAGAUAUUUUAUUGAUAACUAAAGAUGUUAUUAAAGAAUUUGCCAAUGAUGGUGUCAGGUAUCUGGAACUGAGAAGCACUCCUAGAGAAGUAGAAUCUACAGGUAUGACCAAAAGGAUGUAUGUUGAAACUGUACUUGAGGGUAUAAAGCAGUGUAAAGAAGAAGGCUUGGAUAUAGAUGUAAGAUUGUUAGUAGCAAUAAAUAGAAGAUGUGGCCCGGCAGUUGCUAAGCAGACUGUUAAACUUGCUGAAGAGUUCCUUUUGUCCACUGAUGGGGUUGUAGCAGGACUUGACUUCAGUGGUGAUCCCACUGCAGGACAUGGUAAGGAUUUUUUGGAACCGCUCUUGGAAGCAAAGCAAGCAGGUCUAAAGUUGGCAUUGCAUCUUUCAGAGAUUCCAAAUCAAGAAGAGGAGACUAAAAUCCUCCUGGGCUUGCCUCCUGACAGAAUUGGACAUGGAACAUUUCUCAACUCUGCAGAUUCAGAAGAGUUGGUGCUACUGGUUCAGCAGAAUCAGAUACCCAUUGAACUUUGCAUGACAUCAAACAUCAAAACACAGACAGUGCCUUCCUGUGACAAACACCAUUUUGGAUACUGGUACAACAUGGGCCACCCUACAGUGCUUUGUACUGAUGAUAAAGGUGUCUUUGCGACAGAUCUAUCGCAGGAAUACGAGCUGGUUGCGAAAACAUUUAAUCUGACUCGAUCACAGAUGUGGGAUCUUUCCUAUGACUCCAUCAACUAUAUCUUUUCUUCAAAUGCAAUAAAGUCAAAGCUGAGGGAACAAUGGGAUAGGCUGAAGCCAACUCUGUUUGAUUGAUCAAACCGUUAUUCUAAACAGCUUGGGUGUAUUAGCUCACAUAAUAAGCAUUUUUUACUGAAGUUCCUGUCUUUAUUCAGACUUCAGGUUUAUAAAUCCAUCCCAUAAACUGUGCCUGUGCAGAAAGAAGACAACAGGAAUAUGUCCUUUGUGGGAACAGAAGUCAAUGUUCAGUAGUUGGGAAGGGCUCUCACCUAGUGACUAAAAUUGCAAGCAUGUUGUCACGUUAUUUCUGUCCAGUUGAUAUGGCCUUUUCAAAAUGUUCUUAGUUGAAAUAUAUAUCAUUAUACUACAAACAUCUGGGAGCUGGAGCAAACUGAAACGCAGCUGCUAGGGUUUAAAAAUGUCUCUGUUGGCAACAUUAUGCCAAGCAGUUUGUUUGUAUGGCGUAUUUGUGUAUUGUAUUGGUUUUAAACUAAAGUUUUGAGCCAUUGAUUAAACAUGAAGACAGAAAC